AAAUUUAUACCAUAUUUACGGCGCAUUAAUGCUUCAAUUAAUAUAUAUGUCCAUAAAGUAAGUGUAAAGAUGUCGUAGUUCAUUGACUAUUUGUUAUCCACAAUGAAGAGUCAAAAUUAUAAAAUUAAAUAUCUUUAGUUCAUUGAAUCCGUAUAACUCAGUACUGUAUAAAAACUAGGUUUAAAAGUUUAAUAUUAGGUUACAAAAAUAAAGGAGAAAUCCACAUGGAUGCCCACCACGUCUCAUAUCUAUAAAAUGCAAAACAUGUGGAUGCAUGAAGAUCCCAUAGACUGCACAUUAAAAGAAACACAUACUUACCAGAAAGUCAGAGAGAGAUGGCUAAUACUGUAGAACAAGACGCAAUGUAUCCAUCCUUUGUAGACGCAAGAAUUUCAUUCUCCAAUGAUUUUGCAGACAGUGAUCAUCUGACGCUUCAUCAGACAAUUUCAUCAAGAAAGGAUCAGAUGAAGUACAAGGAAGCUCCUGUUUCGUCUGAUUUCAAAUUCAAUGUCGAAAACUACGGUUUUAUUUCUGCGGCUGAUGAGAUCUUCUUUGGUGGAGUUUUGUUGCCAUUGGAGAAGACUCAUCAGCGAAAAGUGACCACACUUAGAGAAGAGCUAAGCGUUCAAGAUUCAGACCGUACGAACUCAAAGGGAUCUCGUAAUUGGUGGAAACUAGGUCUAAGUAAGCCCAAGAAAAUUCACUCCAAGAACAACAACAACUUCCACCUUCCCCACAAAUCUCAGAAUUGUCUUGCGAGUAUAUUGGAAUCUGAUGACUGAACGAUGGGCUCCUAAAACAUUUAGCUAAUUACGACGAACUAGACUUCUAAUGCUAAUGACAAAAUAAUUUAUUUCCGAUUUUUUAUUGUUCUUGUUUUUCAUUGAGUUCUCGACUUAUCUCCUAUUAUAAUGUAGUUUCCCCGUUAUUCUGACCUGUGAUCGUAUCUUCAUUAUAAAUAAGCAAUUCGUAUGCAAUUGGUUUAGUA